CUUGUUUUUCAGCGCACACUUGGUUGUAGCACCCACCUUCUUUGGAAGCUGAUGCAUUGUGUUCAUUAUCAGCCUUCCGGCAUUUCGGAGAAAACAAUGAAGUAAGGUCAACGUUCAAGCUGACUGGCCGUACAAAAGGAAGGAUAUUAUGGUCAUUUUAGGCACAUAAGAAACACAAAAGCAAAGAUCCCAAAAGAGGAGACUGGGAGUCUGGGAGAGCUUCUCAAUUCUGGGCAGCUACACUUUGCUCAGACGGUUCAGCGAAUUAGUAAUACGGGGCCAUGGAGAUCGAGAUGGAAUCCAUGGCGUCGUCGAUUGGAGUCUCAGUUCCAGUUCUUAGAUUCCUUCUGUGCUUUGCCGCCACCAUACCCGUGAGUUUUAUCUGGAGACUUGUCCCUGGAACCCUACUGAAGCAUAUCUAUUCCGCGGCAUCAGGAGCUCUAUUAUCUUACCUCUCGUUUGGGUUCUCAUCGAAUCUCCAUUUUUUGGUUCCGAUGCUGAUGGGGUACAUUUCGAUGCUUGUUUACCGCAGGAGAUGCGGGAUUAUCACGUUCUUCACCGGCUUCGGUUACCUCAUAGGCUGCCAUGUGUACUACAUGAGUGGGGAUGCAUGGAAGGAAGGAGGCAUUGAUGCUACUGGAGCCUUGAUGGUGCUCACGCUGAAAGUCAUUUCCUGUGCAAUUAAUUACAAUGAUGGACUAUUGAAAGAAGAGGGUUUGCGUGAGGCACAAAAGAAAAACAGAUUGCUACGCUUACCUUCUCUAAUAGAGUACUUUGGUUACUGCCUUUGCUGUGGGAGUCACUUUGCUGGACCAGUUUAUGAAAUGAAGGAUUAUCUUGAAUGGACAGAAAAUAAAGGGAUUUGGAGCCAAUCUGCAAAAGGACCUUCACCAUCCCCUUAUGGUGCAACAAUCAAAGCUCUACUUCAAGCUGCUAUAUGCAUGGCAUUGUAUCUAUAUCUAGUGCCGCAUUUUCCACUUUCCCGAUUUACUGAUCCCAUAUAUCAAGAAUGGGGAUUCUGGAAACGGUUGAGUUACCAGUAUAUGUGUGGGUUUACUGCACGUUGGAAGUAUUAUUUUAUCUGGUCAAUAUCAGAGGCUUCCAUAAUUAUAUCUGGUCUUGGAUUCAGUGGUUGGUCAGAUUCUUCUCCACCAAAGCCACGUUGGGACCGUGCAAAAAAUGUUGAUAUUAUUCGUGUUGAGUUGGCAAAAAGUGCUGUUCAGAUUCCACUUGUGUGGAACAUCCAAGUCAGUACUUGGUUACGUCAUUAUGUUUAUGAAAGACUCAUUCAGAAGGGAAAGAAACCUGGUUUCUUUCAAUUGUUGGCUACGCAGACCGUUAGUGCUGUUUGGCAUGGACUAUAUCCUGGAUACAUCAUAUUUUUUGUUCAAUCAGCAUUGAUGAUAGCAGGCUCACGAGUCAUAUACAGAUGGCAACAAGCUAUUCCCGAGAACAUGGGUCUCGUUGGGAAGAUCUUGGGAUUUAUGAACUUUGCUUAUACACUACUGGUUUUGAACUAUUCCUGCGUGGGUUUCAUGGUGUUGAGCAUGCACGAGACACUCGCUUCCUACGGGAGCGUUUACUAUGUUGGCACAAUUGUUCCCAUUGCGUUGAUACUCCUGGGUUACAUCUUCAAACCGAAGCCUGUCAGGUCUAAAGCUCGGAAAGAGCAAUGAGGUGGUGAACGCGUUUUGAUGCACUUCUCAACAGUUUGGAAGAAGUUAUAUAGAACCAUAGAUCCACCCCGUCUCUAGCCCAACAAUUGAACCCCCCUCCCCCCACCCAAAAAAAAGGCACCCAUUUUGAUGGUACUGUAACAUUUUUUUUCUUAAUUUAAGAAGUCAAGUCAACAUGCAAUAUCACUUCAAAAUUUUUAGUCAGGACUUCAAAUCUCUUCGGCUUUCGUUUCUGUGCAUGUUUUACUGUAAUCCAUGAUGAAUGAAACUGGUUGGUGAACAGGCGCUUUAGAUUGGCA